AUGACGACGAAGGACCUAGCGAAUUGUAUGACGGCGUCCCUGAUCAGGAACCUUAAGAUCCGGUCAACUCCUGUGAAAUGGGCGGAGAAUCAAUCAGAAAUACCUUCCACAAUUGAAGAUAUUUUACAGAAACUCACACCAAAACAGAGGAUUGCAUGGAGACACCGAGAAUCGUGUUUAAAGUGGUCUGGUGGUGAUCUGUAUAAAGACCUUUUUGCGGAGUAUAAGAAAGGAAAAAAACCUGGUAUAGCUCAGAAAGAAUUUAAUGAGUUGUGGGCUGAUGCGAAACAAAAAUAUACUACAAAAGAAGAAUUUAUGAAGUGGGCGAAUGAUCUUUUACUAGAUUACCGCCGAAAGCACCAAGCAAUGAAGUCUUCCAAUAUUCUCUAUUAUUGUUCUAAUUCUAAAAAGAAUGCCAGCGAAAACAUUCCUAUUUCGUCAAUCACAUCCAAUGAGCCAAGUCUACCUGUAAAACUUACGCCUACGAUAUGCGUCUCACCGAUCUGUGAUGAAAUUACUGACGAAGGCAAUGAUACUAUUAAAAGUACCUCAACAGGGGCUCGGAAACGUAAUUGUCAAGAUUUGGAGUGUAGCGACGAGAAUUCACCGGAUACACCAAGUGCAAGCAGCUCUAUACCGCAGCCUGUACGUGCUACUCCUGCACAGAAUAAGUUGAAGAAUCAGAUUUCCCUUCUUCAAAUGGAACUUGACUUAGCUGUUCGUCGUAGGGAUUCUCUGUGCAAAGCUGGAAAAGUUCUUGCAGAAGUAUGGGAUAAUAUGGUUAUCGACGGCCAUGACGUCGUAGCAGAGUAUGUCGAGCCCGAUGACAGUUCUGAAAGCUUUAUUCCAGACCUGCCUUCUCCGCAGUGGUAUAGCGAGCAUGUGCGAGAGAGCCAGUAUUUGCUUCAGAGCCAACUUAUAGCGAAUUCAGAUUCAGACACUCAAAAUUAUUUAAAAAAUGAAAUAUUAAAUGUUCUGGAACCUACCAGUGAUAAUGUCCUCAAAGGCCGUAAUCAAUUGAUGUCACCUAAAUUAACAGCUAUUGCUGAAAUGCAUAACGUUGACAAACCCAGCGAACGUACAGGGACUGUUAAUGUUCUAAACAAAGAGUCAAAUGAAAUAACAAACCCAAAUUUAUUAGUAAUAGAUAACGUUACAGAGACUAUUAAUAAAUCAAAUAUUAAUAACCAAAACCAAAUAGCAGGGACAGAAAAUAACAAAAAAUAUGAUUUUAAUUUUGACAAUGCUAAAUGCGAUAGUGAAAUGACACCUCCGAAAUUAAAAGAAAUUCUCAAUUGGCCCCAGACACCACAACGGAAAGGGAAAAUUAUGACCCACAAUCCCAUUUAUGUCUUGACUAGCCGCAAAUGGCUUGAAAUCGAGGAAAAGAAAAAAAUGAGAAAACAAAAGAAAAAGAGAAAGGAUAACGUAAAAAAGGGAGAGAAGAGAAAAGAAAACAGACAGUAA